GAUCUACUCAAAUUCUUCAUCAUUUGCAUUUGGAGAGCAGGCAUUUCGGGAUCUCUGAGAAGCUUCAGUCUUGCGCGGAGGUAGGGUUUAGAUCACAUGGCCAACAAUUAGAGCACUACUAUUAUCGAAGAUCGAGGAACUAUAGCUGCAAAGAAAGAAAUGCAAAUCCUUUUCAUCUACAAUGCCCGUUCGUGUAACCAGAUAGUUUUUUCGAACAAGAUUCGGACGCAACGGGAACGGUAGUGGAGAAGGAGAUAUCUACUAGAACAACAAGACUGAAACAUGUGAGAGGCUGACACCGCCCAGGACGACCAGGUCAUCCAGGACGGUAAGUAGGCUUUGAUCGUGACUUUCGGUCUUGAUACUCAAAACAAUAUUUUAAAAUUUGCCUCCGCCUCGGUAUACAAGAAUGUAGAAAUUGGGGCGGUAUGGUGCUAUAUUACAGAUCGCCCAACACAGUCGUACAGCACAGCUACCGAAUCGCUCACAUCAAAAAUCGCACUACCACCACUAGCACGUCAAAAAACGCGAAAGACCGAUGCUACGGGCGCGACCAUUCAGAUGCGUUUACAAAUAUUUUUCACAGAAGGGAGAAGCUGAAGGGAUAUUUUAUUUCGAAUCGUCGGGACGCGUGAUUUGUCGGGCAACUAAAACUAUAUGUACCCAAUUCCGGAAAAAAAAUGAGCGAGGAAUUGUAACAAAGAAAUGCAGCAAGCCCCUUCGUCUACAAUGCCCGUGCCAGUUCGUGUAUGAUUCAUUCUAUUAUCCGCAAGGGCAAGCGUCGCAAUAAAGGGCUAGAAUUCAUCUUGUGGCGGUUGCGAACAAUAUGCGAUGACUUCAAAAUUUUUCGGUACUACAGCAAUUCAUCACUAGCUUGCAUUACUCAUGGGCAUAACAAGUACAACUAGCCUUCUUACUCUGAAGAUUUCUCCAUCGUGGAGUUUUAAGUUGUUCAACAGCAUAGCACCAGUGCGUCUACAACUUCUCGCAGGAGUACUAGACCGCUGGUUGAAAUUGAAAACUGAAGGUGGAAAGUAAAGUAUACAAAAGUAGCCAUUGAAAGGAAACAAGCAAUAAAGUAGUGCGGCCCGACUAAAUCUUCUCGAAGAUAGAAGUGGACCAGCAUGAUCGGAUGAUGCUUUAGUAUUCAGGUAGAAGUAGAAACAACUAAAACAACAUCAACAGCAGCAACAACAACAACAACAACAGCAACCUCCUUUCCGGGUAGUAUUACUUGUACUGUAAUUACGCGGGAUGUUGAUGAUGAUGAGCAAACGCAAAGAAACGGCUGAUAGCGCCUUCUUGUCGUCUUCUGAGAACUUCUGCACUGGCAACAAGAAGUAGAGGUACUAUCUUUAUCCAUCAUGUUCGAG